AUGAUGGAAAUAGAGACAUGGCUGGAUGCGUGUCACCAAGCCGGAACCACCAUUCAUGCUUGCAUCCUCACUGAGACUCAUUGGUCCUUUGACUCGGAGUGGAUGACUUCCCACUAUCAUAUGAUCCAUGCAGGGCUCAGCAAUAGGAAGGCUGGUAUCCUGGUUAUGAUACAUAAGAGCAUGGUUUCCUCGUCGUCCAUCAGAAUCACUGCUCCUAUCCCGGGGCGCCUUAUCCUGGUGCGGCUGGAAACCUCCCCGGCAAUCUGCAUCAUAGGCACAUACCAGCAUGUAUGGUCGGAAGUGAAAGGAGCCGUAGAAUGCGAGGCAGACCGUGAAGUCUUCUGGACCCGUCUGAACGAACUGGUGCGAGGAACCCCGUGGCGCUGCCAGCUGGUGCUGGCUGGUGACUUCAACACCCCCUGCCAGGAGCAGGCCCCUCAUGUAGGCACCGGACUAGCUUCUAUCACAGGGGCUGUUAGACAAAAGGACCAACACAGGCUUCAGCAGCUCAUUGUGAGCCACAACUUAGUGGCCUUGAACACAUGGGGUCGGAGAAGCUACAGCCACACAUACCAAUUUGAUCAUGCAGGGGGUCAGCAUCGUACCCAAAUCGACUUCAUUCUGUGCAGAGCCCACCAUGGUGACCCCCUCGCCAAAGGAGCUCGCACGAUACGGGCUCCAUUCGUGCCGGACAAGGGCAUGCGACACUUUCCGAUCCUUGCCUCCCUGCCGAAGCCUCAGCCGCCCAGGCAGCGCCGUGCCGGGCAACCCUCCGUAGGGGCCAAGGAGGUUAUGCAACACCUACAAGGUCAGCCAGAUCUUGCGGCGCAAUUUCAAGCCAGAAUGAGCCAGAUCAUGCCUCCAUCAGCUGCCAUACAAGGCGACCCUGCAUGGGUGCUCAACCGAGUAAUUCUGCAAGCCUGGAAGGAUGUCAGCCCCAAAGAGAAUCCCUCGUCUCCGCCUCCGUGUGAUUCUCCACGCAGAGAGGUUGGACUAGUGCGACAACUUUGGGCACUACGUCGACAGAGGUCCCUGCCGCCCGGAACUCACUCUGUUAUACGGGGCUGGCUUUUAGCUGCCAAACUGUCCAGAAUUCAGAGACAACUCCGCAAGGCCUGUAGGGAUCGCAAGCGUGAGAAGGUGGAAACAUUGCUCCAGGAAGCGGAGGCCUCACCGUAUCCCUGCACUCUGUUCUCUGUCGUUAGGCGACUAGCCCCCAAAUCCAGAACCAUGAGGAUACAGCUCAGAAAUGAUCAGGGUUUGCUCCUAGCUGGAAAGGACGAAUCGGAGCACAUAGCAGACUUCUUGAGAGGAGUGUACCACAGCCGAGACAUUUCCCAGCUGCCCCCAGCCUCUGGCAUAACUGGAGUACAUUUCUCUUCCGAAGACUUGACAAUCGCUCUGGCAAAGAUCAGUGCGGGUAAAGCACUACCAGCUGGUUUUGCCCCAGCCCGUUUAUGGAAGUUGGCAGCAGAUCAGGUAGUCUCCGCCCUCCUGCCAGCAGUGAACCUGUGCUCCUCGGCACUCCACGAAGACUGGCAUAAAGUUCAGCUACACCUCAUCCCUAAAGUCCCUACUGUGAGGGAGCCCAAAAAUCUGAGGCCUAUAGCUCUACUUCAUCCAGGAAACAAGCUUCUUGCAAUCAUGCUGGCCCAUAAAGUGGAACCCAAAAUAGAGAGCUAUCUUCGGGAGGUGCCACAAUGGGCGUACCUCAAGGGCCGCUCAACAGCGGAUGCACUUGAAUCCGUGUGCUCGCACUUCCUCCAGGUUCGGAAUCUCAUUGCAAGUGGCUCCUCUUCUCUGCCUCAGAGGUUCCAAGGAGGCCAACCGCAUAAGCUAGUGGGUGGUUUGUCGAUCAGCUUGGACAUCAAAAAGGCCUUUGAUAGUUUGCCGCAUGAUUUCCUCAAAGACUCGAUGAUAGAAGCUGGGUUUGAGCCACAGGAAAUCAACCUGGUGAUGCAUCUCCAUGAACGUGCAUGUCUGCAGGUGGGCAGACAAGCUGAUUCGGCCGAUGUGUACCUAGGAACGGGAGUCCGACAGGGGUGCUCACUUUCACCACUGCUCUGGGCUUUGAUCACAGGGAAGGUGUACCGCAUGUUUCAGGCAGAGCUACGAGAACAGUCUCUCCCAGAGGGCCUUAUCAACAUUUUCGCAGAUGACUUCUUCGGAAGCUGGUUGGUCAAGGACUCCCUAGCCUUCGCCAGGGCCAUAAGAGCCAUCGGCGUGCUAGUCGCCACCCUACAGAAAGCAGGUCUCCAGCUCAGUAUGGAGAAGACUGUCAUCCUGCUCGCACUGGGGGGCACCAGUGCGCCGUCUGUUCUGGCCAAGCACCGUCAGUACAUUGAGGAUGUGCCCCAUCUAGUCAUACCGGUUGGUCAGUCUAGGCUUCCCUUCAAGAUUGUCACCACGCACCGCUAUCUAGGUGCCAAGCUGGCUUAUAAGGGAUUUGAACUCUUGAACCUUCGGCACAGACUGGAUGUUGCAUGGGGUAGCUUCUGGCGCCUGCACCACAUUUUCAAGUCCAGAGCACUGGGUCUAGGCACCAAGGUCCGGUUAUGGAAGGUUUGUGUUUUCUCAGUACUCAGAUACUCCCUCCAUAGUGUAGGUCUGCCAUCGCAAGGCCCACUUCUCAUCCGCCAAGCAGUCAACAGGCCGCAACUCUUCCUGGACAGACCAGGCAUCGCACCCUGGCUGGAGGUGCUACAGCUCACCUUUCGGUACUCCUCCGCUGCCUUGAGGCAGAUAGACGAGCUCAUGGUCCACGAGAGGGCAGCGCACACCUUAACACCUCCGAGCAGGGAGGUUGAAGAGGAGGCGCAGGAGGUGACGGCCCCAGCUACAGAGUUUCUUGAGCACAAACCUCUCAGUGCCGAUCCAGACAAGCCCCGGCACAUCAGGGGGCGGAUCCACAGACGAGGUUUGUGUGGUUACACUCCUCGCAAGGGCUCUGCCUCUGUCGGCACUGCCAUCGCUCCUGCAAUUCAUGGGAUGACUUAA